AUGUCGUCGAAUCCAGACGAACCUAGGAGUCAUGCUUGGACAGGCUGUUUACUGAACAAUGAAUCUGAGGUUCAGCAGUCCUGGGAUGAAAACGAUGUUUUUGAGGCUGAUGCUGGAAGUGAGCCUCCAGGUCCCGGAGAAAAAUUCUUCUGGAACUUUCCAUACCCUUACAUGAAUGGCUUGUUGCAUCUCGGCUUUGCCUUCUCGUUGUCCAAGCUUGAGUUCGGUGUUGCAUACCACAGGCUCUGUGGCUCCAAUGCAAUUUUGUCCUUUGCUUUCCACUGCACUGGAAUGCCCAUCAAGGCCUCAGCUGAUAAGCUUGCCAGGGAGAUCCAACAAUUUGGAAAUCCCCCGGUAGUGGCGCAAAACGGCAGGAGGGUUCUAGUGCUGCAGUGGCAGAUGCUGUCCAGGCUGAUGCUAUUGUGCCAGAUAAAUUUAAGAGCAAGAAGUCCAAUUGCUCCAAAGGCUGGCGCACAUAAGUAUCAGUGGGAGCAAGGGCUGCUCUUAAUCUUGCAUACCAACCAGGUUGUUGUUCCAAGUGAUUCACCUAAUGAUUUCAUGGCACUUCAAGAUUUAAUCACAAAGCCAGAGUCUCUUUCUGAUUCAACCCUAUACAUGGCUUAUUACACAGUUGUGCAUCUUUUUGCAAAAUGGCAACAUGUAUGGAAAGAAAUGUCUUCAAUAAGGCCAGAAGAAAUUACAGAUGAAGUCUGGGAUUUUGUGUUUUGUGAUGGCCCAGCUCCAAAAAGUGACAUCCCUCCAGCUCUGUUGAGCAAAAUGAAGCAAGAAUUUCAGUAUUGGUAUCCAUUUGAUAUUCAGCACUUCAAGAUUUGCCCUCGCUGUGAUGGUAUGGAUGAUGCAAACUUUGUCACUGAAACUGCAAAUUCUGCUGUUAUGAGGCUGACAAAAGAAAUUUCAUGGAUGGAAGAGGUUACAGCUGCUGAAUCUGAAUUGAGAACUGGACCGCCCACUACAUAUGCUGACCAUGUGUUUGCAAAUGAGAUGGGCAUUGCAAUCAAAGAAACUGAGAAGAGCUACAAUGCUUUCAUGUUCAGAGACGCCCUGAAAUCUGGGUUUUAUGACCAAUUGGCUAGAGAUUACAGGCUCUCGUGUGGCGCAGCAGGCAUGAACCUUGAUCUGCUGUGGCAGUUUAUGGAUGUCCAGACUCCAGACCAGGCUCAUCACCCCCAUUUGCCCACACUAAGCUGCUGA